UUCUUCCGCUUUAGAUCACUCGCUAAAUGUGUUUCUAGUAUAAUGGAGAUGGUGUCCUUUUUAUCUGCAUUUUUUCUGGUCAUUUUGGUUCAAUGGCAAGGUGUCUCUGCUCUGACUCCAGUGUUUGUUCAGACAGGAAAUGAUUUACUUCUGGAUGCCAAUGGAGCUGAUUGUUCAGAGGACGGCGUUCUUAUUUUUUGGAGGUUCAAUGAAAAGGAUAAUUUAGUGAGACUUACAUGCCAUAAAGAUAGAGAACCAACAGUGAAUAAGCUUAAGUAUCCGGAGAGAACUGAGAUCACUGAAAAAACAUCUUUGAAACUGAAGAAUUGUCGAGAAGAUUUCACUGGAGUUUAUUCAGCAAUAAGGAUAUCAGAUGAAAAUGAAGUUGUAGCUAAAUACAACGUCACAGUUAAAGAUCCAGUAUCUCCAGCUCAUCUGAAAGUGGAUUCAGUGUUCAACAGCUCAGACGUCUGUAACCUGACUGUGACCUGCAGCACAGAUCACUCCAGUGUCAGCAGCUCCUUCACAUGUGGAAAGGAAACCUGCAAACAGGAUAAUGGACAGCAGACAGACACCUCACAACAAGGCAACGUUCUCCACGUCUACCUGUCUGAUGAAUCAGUCAUCUGUAACCAUAGCAACCAAGUGAGCUGGGCUAACAGCACCAAGAGGAUUGAACUUAUUUGCCUUCUGAAUUAUGGAAAGACAUACCAUCCCCUCUUCUGGAUUUGGAUCCUCAUUGUGUCCAUCAUUGUCAUUGUUGCUGUUGUUGGUGGUGUUGCAAUUGGUCUUUCUGUCAGGAGAAAAAGAUAUAUGAAGCCAAUUACCGUGGGACUUCUGACUGAGUCUGAUGCUCCUCAGGCUUCAGCUGGCCAGCCUCCAGGUCCAGAAACUCCUUCAGACACCGUAAUGUCAGUCUACAGUGUUGUUCAACCUCAUACGCAGACAGUAUCUCCUCAAACUGAAACCAGAAAUGCGCCUGAGAGUAUUUAUGCUCAAGUAGAAAAGCCUGCAAGAACCUCACCGAAACCAAAGGUCUGCACUGUUUCUAAUUAAUUCAGAUAGAGAAAGGCUGUGUGCGCUGUACGUUUGUUGUAUUGCACUGUGAAUUUACCCGUUCAGUAUCAUAUGUGUCAGUAGAGAUUAUAAUGUGUCACAACAAAAGCAUUUUUAUUCCAGUUUACAGAGAUCUAUGCUUUUGCUUUUUUUGGUUUUUAAUUUCUCUUUUUUUGAGGCUGCAGCUAAAAUGAAGGAAGUUUUUUUUUAAAUUAAUAUUAUGCUUUAUUCCUAAAGUACAGCUGUUUAAAAGAUCAAACGCCAACAGGAAACUGCAUGUAUGGAUAAUAAUUAGCAUUUCUUAAAAAUGUUCCCGUUAUGAUGUAUCAUAAAUGUUUCUUUUUGUUUAUGUUUGUUCUUGCCAUAGAUUGAUGUUAUUGCAUUUUUUACUAUGUUGUACAAAGCUUGUAAAUAAGUUUACAUCCAGUAAGAAAGAGAUUUUUUUUUCUUCUUUUGCAAACGUGAACGGAGAAAAGUUGGAACAUGUUUGAUGUUGAUUUGAAUAUUUUAUGACAUCUAUCCAUCUAUGUUAGAUGUUUCAUGAACAAAAAGAAAUUCUAAUUUUUUUUAACGGUUGUGUUUUUGCAAAUAAGUGUUUGCCUCGUGUCAUUAUUGUUAAACUCAGGCUAUAAUUUAAUUUCAGCUAAAUGAAGUAUUUUUUUCCUUAAAUAAUACAGUGUUUUUGGAUUCUUGUCUGAACAAAACAAUGUAAUAUGUCAGUAUUAUACAAUUUUAUGUAAAGUUUUGCUCUCUAUGUUUUGCUCAUGCAGUUUGUAGGUAAUACAAUGUGAGGAAACCAUUUUAUGUUGAAAAAAGGUGGAUAAAUGUAUCCACGAUGAGCCUGAAAUGUAAAGAUGAAUGUCUAAACAUUACCAAGGUGAGGGGAAGACCAGCCCAAUGGAGUUCAGUGCUUUUUCCACCCAUCACUCACCUUUACUCACUUAUAAGAACAAGGGGUUUAGGGGUUUUCACUAAAAGCACAAUUCUUUUGACAUAAUAUCAGUUUAAAAAAAGAAAUAAUCAACUUUUAAAUGUAUUUUGUUUAGAUAUACUUUAAAUACAGCACUAAAUAAAUCCUAUCAAAACUCAAAGGUUAAUUGACCCAUGAUAAAUAAAUUCACAGAUUUAUAGCCCGUAUUCAGUUUAAACUUCCUUCAUUUUGGUGGGAAACUGCAGUCUGCAUGUACGCUCUGAGGGAGUGGGGGGCUGCUGUCAGAGGUGGUGUGAAAUAACCCUCCCCCAUCAAGUUCCUUCUAACAGGAAGUGAGUCAAACACAAACCAUAUAGUAACCGAAAUCAGCAACAUCUGUUUGUCAGACGCCUGUUUUUGAGGUAUAAAUGUCAACCAGAUGAACUUGAUAAACUUCACAGAUAAAGUUUAGUCUCUUCUACAGAUGCUGUUGCGAAUAAUAUCAAUCUGUGCUUUGGUGCUUACGUUAACUAAAAAUCAAUUUUCAGUAAAACAACUUGAUUAAUUUUUGUAUCCAGAAUUUUCAUCCAUUUCGGGUAAUUAAAAUUAACUCAGUUACAUAUACUUGAGAAACUUAGAAUCACAUUCAUCUCUAAGACUGAUGUAUGUGCAACACUUGUGGUUUGUUUAAUAAAUAUCUACUCUGUUCCUCUU